AGUCGUUUUCGGGAACUCGUGUGAGGCGGUCGCAAAACUCAACCUUCGGAUCUAUUCGGUGCCACAAUCGGGAGGACGGUUCUGGUGAACAAGAAGGAUCAGUUAGUUGUUCCUUACUUUCAAGUGUUGGGGUUAUCUGGUGAAUGGUUGAUAAAGUGUGUGAAUCCAAACCGCGCCCAUUGAUAAGGCCAAGUUACUUAAUCCGGGUUCCGACGACUGGGUGGAAGUGUGUGAGCGCAUAAGUCGGAAAAUCAACAAAUCGGUUAUUUUUACCUCGUAAUCAAGGCUUAAAUGUUGAGGAACCGAUUGAAUGUGUAACUAAGUGAGUGUGCUACCAAGAAAAUGAAGCUACUGGCGUUUUUUCCGUUUGCCAUUUUUGUGGCAUUGAACCUAGGAUUAGCCAAUGGGAUCAGUACCGAUGAGUGGUACAACUUCAGUGAGCAUCUGAGUGAUAUCCUUCCAUGGGGAGAUGAGCAAUACGCUUAUCAGAAGCUGAAAAAUCCGGUGCACUUUUACAGUGAAAAAUACGACCACGUUUAUAUCAACACGAAUGGGAUCCUGACGUUUGCAUCGGAAUUUCAAAACUACCUCAACUUGCCGUUCCCAAUCGAGUAUCCCUCGAUUGCGCCCUUCUAUGCGAACGUAGACACUACAUCGCAAAACCAAACGGCUGCGAUCGCGUUCUUCACAUCGAGGGAUGCCGACCUCUUGAAACAGGUUGAAGAGGUGGUGCGAAGUAACUUCCGGAAGGCGCGAAACUUUGAGGCCGAUGAGGUUUUCGUGGCAACAUGGGCGAACGUGGGACAUUUCAACAUGAAGGCCGAUGUUACGAAUUCGUUUCAAGUGGCACUGAUCUUGGGCGAAGAGGAAACCUACGUGCAGUUUUUGUACCCAGAAAAUGGAAUCAAUUGGAUCCAGGGGGAUAGCGAGUCCGGAUUGCCGGACGUGCGGGCCCAGGCUGGAUUCAUUUCCGAGGAUGGUCGCUACUUCCCGUUGCAAGGAUCGGGAACUGAUAACAUCAAACAUCUAACUGUGUCUUCGAAUGCUGGCGUCGCGGGAACGUGGCUUUUCCGAGUUGGCCCGCUAGAUCAGGAAGGUAAUGUUGAAGAACCAGAUUUGUUGAACAAUGGAUCACCAAGGGAGCCCCGAACGUGUGCCGAGGGAGGCCAUUUCAAGUGUCACUCGGCAGCAGUGUGCAAGGACUCGAGAAAUGGCUACUGCUGCACAUGCAAGGCCGGGUAUUACGGAAAUGGAUUCAGCUGUGUGAAGAACGAUGUGCCUCUGAGAGUUGUUGGCGCAGUGAAGGGCACUUUGAAUCAGUGGACUAUUGAUACGCAGAUGCAGUCCUAUGUUGUGAUGGCCGAUGGUAGAACGUACACUGCCCUAAGCCCUCUAGAAGAGGACAUCGGCACUACUCUUCAGAUUGCUCAUAUCAUUGGUUCCAGUAUAGGUUGGUUAUUUGCUAAGCCGAUAGGAAACGUACUUAAUGGUUAUCAGUUAACUGGAGGAAAGUUCAAUCAAACUUCUACGAUUGAUUUCGAAGGUUCCCGUGACAGACUGAGGGUCGAACUCCAUUUUAAUGGGUUGAACAUGUGGGAUCAGCUUUCUGUAGACAUCAACAUUGAAGGAAGUGUAGCUCAAAUUCCUUUGAGGGACAAGUUGCAGGUGGAAGACUAUUCAGAGAUUUUUCAAAAAGCUGGUAAAGACCGAUUGGAAGCGUAUACCAAACAUCGAGCUCACAUUCCUUCACAGAACCGAGAUCUGGUUUACAGUAUUCGACAUUUGAUCAACUACGAGACGUGCAAAUUCGUGGACUAUGACAACUACCGAGUGGCUACUUUAAAGAAUAGUAAAAUCAAUUUGGGAUACGAACCCCGAGAGAAGGCUAUCCGAAUGGGUAUGUUGAACAAAAUAAGUUCAGGAGAAAAGUUGAAUCCCUGUGACGAUGCACAUUGCGGAGACAAUACGGUUUGCGUUCCAAAUUCAGACGAUUCUUAUGAUUGCAACUGCAAGAAUGGAUUUACCUAUGUCCCGUACAGCAGCAAUGAUGUGGUGAACUGUGUGGACAUUGACGAAUGUUCUGGGGUAAAUAUAUGUGACGAAAAUGCUCGUUGCAUUAAUGAGCCUGGCGGCUACAAAUGCUACUGCAAUUCCGGUUUCGAGGGCAAUGGCUUCCAGUGUGAACAUAUCGGGUCGCGAUCAACGAGUUCCAUGAUUGUUCCUACCCCGGCCAAUACAUACUAUGAAGUUGAGAACCAUACGCCAUCGGUAGAGGAGGAAAUGUGUGAACACUGUUCCGAGUUUGCAGAUUGUAUACGAGGACGAUGCGAAUGUAAGAUGGGAUACGCCGGAGAUGGAUUUAUCUGUGAAAAUCCAUGUGAUGCGGAUCAUGUGUGGAAUGGAGAGACUUGUGUUAGACAAGGUUCGACUGAAGAAUAUGAAAUUGCACCGUUCUGUACGGUUCAGAGUUGCACCUGCCCUACUGGUUACACACUCAUCGAGUACGCUUUCGAUCAGAUCUGUAGGCUAAUCGAGGCGCAGCCGGAUGAUCCGAAUAUGCCAUCGUGUGACGUCGAAAACAAUUGCAGUCCGUUGGCGAAUUGCGAAUGGAAUGACCAUCAGUACAAGUACGAGUGUGUCUGUAAUCCAGGCUACGAUGGUAACGGAUACACCUGUGUGGAGAAAGAAGUUUCCUGUCUCGAUGAGGAAGAUAUCUGUGAUCAGCAUGCUUCGUGCAACUACAUCGUUGCGUUGAAAAAAUCCAUCUGCGUCUGCAAUACGGGCUAUGAAGGCGAUGGGCGCUCGUGUCAGUUGGCUCCAGAAUGUACGAUAGACGAUGAUUGUGGCAUGCAUUCGGUGUGCAAUGAAAGUCUUUGUGUGUGCCAAGAAGGUUUCGAACGGGAUUUUUCAGAUUUUUGCGUCCGAGCUGGAUCUUGUGGUGGAGUUUAUUGUGCAGAAAAUGCCAUCUGUAAGUUCGAUCGCCAUCAGGGUGUUCCCUACUGUUACUGCCCGGAGGGAUAUGUCGGCAAUGGAGUGCAACAGUGCAAAUCGAUUCCUCCACCUUGUAACGUUAGGAACAACUGUGGUCUUCACGCGACAUGUGGACCCAAAUUCAGGGAACCAUCCACGUAUGAGUGUACGUGCAAUCCCGGAUUCUUUGGAGAUGGAUUCGUUUGUACGCCCGAGCGAAACUGUGCCAACAUCCCAAGUUUGUGCGAUCGAAAUGCGAAAUGCGUCUCUACAACCUCAGGGUAUCAGUGUAUUUGUAAUCAAGGUUUCAUCGGUAACGGAAGCAUUUGUAGCACUGCUCCACGUCUGGACUCCGGGUUUCUGUUGAUCAGUCAGGGAGUGGCUAACGUCCGGGUUCCGUUCAAUGGAGCGCGCGGAGUGCCGGUGACGAUGGCCCAAAUGUCUAUCGGUGUUGACAAAGAUUGCGCCACCGGAAGAAUUUAUUGGAGUGAUAUCUCUGCCAAACAGAUCGCCAGCUCCAAGUACGAUGGUACCGAUCGUAAGCCCUUCAUCACCAAGGACAUUGUCUCGCCGGAAGGUGUUGCUGUAGAUUGGAUUUCCCGAAGACUGUACUGGACAGACUCGGCCAAAGAUACAAUCGAAGUGGCCAGUUUAGAUAAUCCAGAUCUGCGAACGGUUGUCGUUAGCAAGUACCUGGUCAAUCCGAGAGGCAUCGCCGUUGAUCCUCAUCAGAGCAAACUCUAUUGGUCCGAUUGGAAUCGAGAAGCACCCAAGAUCGAAUGGUCCAAUCUUGAUGGAACGGAACGUGAAGUUUUGGUUAGUGGCCCAAAUGUUCAGCUACCAAAUAGCAUUCAAGUAGCUCCGGCAAGCGGUGAACUGUGCUUCGCUGAUGCAGGAACCAAGAAAAUUGAAUGCAUCGACACUUACUCCAAGCACACGAGAACGAUCGCAAGUAAUCUAACCUAUCCAUUUGGUUUAGCUGUCACGGACGAUCAUUUCUACUGGACGGAUUGGACAACUAAAAAGGUUGAAUCCAUCAACGUGUACGGCGAACGGCAGAAGGGCAUCCCAUCGCCGGUUUUCGGAACCCACAUCAUGUACGGUAUGACGGCCGUCACCGACAAAUGUCCUCUGUUCCAUAGUCCUUGUGUGAUCAAUAAUGGCGAUUGCCCGGAAAAGCGGAUUUGUCUCACCAACCCGCGGGCGCCUUCCGGCAGAGGUUGCAAGUGUGCCGAUGCCGAAAACAAUUGUAACGAUAUGAUUAUGGAUUACUAAGUGUCAGCUUAAGUUCUAUGAUAAAAGUCAGAUCCUUUGAGUAGUAGGUACUUAGGUACGUACGCUAAGCUAAAGAAAAAAGAUACCAUUUACAUAAAUGUAGUAUUUGAUAUUACAACCAAAUGAGAAGGAGAGAUGUGAGGACCUAUAUCAGCCCGCAUUGAUGAGUUAAGUUCAGUACUAGCGUUAAGUGCAGUGUUUGAUGUUUCCAAAGAGAAAAUGUAAUUUUGAAAAUGAAAUAGAAUGUAGGCCUUGCAGUACAAUUUUUGAAUAAAAAUUUUGUAUACGCUG